UUUUCUCUCUCCUGUCUCAUUCACUCACUCUCUCUCUCCUCUGUCGAACACUCGAACACACUCUACCAGUGUGUGGAUUUCAUCGUGCCUUUGCAGAUCUUUUUCCAUCUCCAAUUACAAACUGGAGAUUCUUAAAUAAGAUCUGCAAUGUGCACGACUACACAGCAUCAACGGCCUCAUUGGCCUCAUUGAUUUCAUCGAUUCGGUGUCCGCACAAAUUACCGGGUUUCUGCCUUUCGAAGCUCACUAAAUUUUGCCCAUCCCAAAGGAAAUUCCUGCUACUAUCGAAUGGGAAUUGAGGUCACAUGCUGGUCAAGGAGCAAUGGCAAGUGAAAUUACGAAAGGUUCUAGAAGUGCUGAAGUUCCGGAAGCUCUAGUCUCUGAUCCUUUUGAUGGGGGCAGGGAUAGUGUACCAAAUAUGCGACCUUUGCAUGGGAGGACUAGUGGCCCAACAAGGCGCUCUACAAAGGGACAAUGGACUCCUGAAGAGGAUGAGCUAUUGCACAAGGCUGUUCAGCGCUUUAAAGGAAGAAAUUGGAAAAAGAUAGCAGCGGAGUGUUUCAAAGAUAGGACAGAUGUUCAAUGCCUCCACAGGUGGCAAAAGGUUUUGAAUCCAGAGCUUGUCAAAGGUCCAUGGUCAAAAGAGGAGGAUGAUAUAAUAAUUGAGUUGGUGAAUAAAUAUGGGGCGAAAAAGUGGUCCACCAUUGCUCAAGCAUUGCCUGGGCGUAUUGGAAAGCAAUGCCGCGAAAGGUGGCAUAAUCAUCUUAACCCUGCAAUCAACAAGGAGGCAUGGACUCAAGAAGAAGAGUUGGCUUUGAUUCAAGCUCAUCAAAUUUAUGGGAAUAGAUGGGCAGAGUUAACAAAAUUCUUGCCUGGAAGGACAGACAAUGCAAUAAAAAAUCAUUGGAACAGCUCUGUAAAAAAGAAGUUGGACUCAUACUUGGCCUCAGGUUUAGUCGCAAAAUUUCAAGGUCUACCUCACGUGCCCAAGCCAAACCAGUGCAUGCCUUCAUCCUCACUGAGGACACAACAGAGCAGUGAAGAUAAUAGUGGCCCCAAAGAUGUGGCAGAAGCAGAGGAAACAUCAGAAUGUAGCCAAGGUUCAACUGCUGUUGGUUGCUCCCAUUCUGAUCAUGACAUGGUUCAUGCAGUUUCAGUACAAGCACAAGAAGAGUUUAAAUUGACAGAGGCAGCUAGUCAAAGAAAGUGGCAAGGCUCUAGUACGUCAUCAUGUUCCAAACAGUAUUAUACGUUCGAAGAAGUCGCAGAAAUACCUCAUGAACUGGCAAUCUCUGUCAACCCUUCUGAGCAAACUAUAUUUCCUGAGGUUGGAGCCUCCGACACUAAUGAUUGCCAUUUCAGUUCACAUGAGUUACCUCGUGCCUGUUCACUGGAAAUGCUCCAGGAUACUCCAGGGUUCUUUGAAACAUCAGCAGAGUGUAUAUCAGGUGUUGACGAAAACCAUGAAACAGGAUCUGUUCUGUUACAGAACUCUGUGGGUUUCUGUGCUUCUACUUCUAUGGUAAAUUUGGUUGCGGAUGCUGAUGGACAGGAGCAUGCAUCCAUGUCUAAAGGUGAUUUUUGUGGGGUUACAUUUUCAGAGUCUGGGAUCGAUGGAUGCUUUUCUGUGGGUAAUCAGAUUAACUGCACAAAUACAAUUGACUUGGAUGGAUGUGUCAAUUUGUUCCUUUGCCAAUCUGACAUUCAGAGCUCUGAAGCAGAUAAAAGUUUAGCAUCACAGUCAUAUUAUCCAGUAAGAUUUUCUGAUAUGAUGGAAACCUCAACUUCUCAGUCUCUAUCAAGUGUUCCUCUGCUUUGCUGUGAGGAUGGUAAACUUAUACAUGGUAGUGAAUGCAAUGAGCUAAGAGACAUGUCUGCUGGAAGUCAAGAGUCAGGGCUUAUUACAGGCUCAUGUGAUGGUUUCAUCUAUCAUAAUGUCACUACAAGUUCUUGUGAUGGUGAUAUGGACAAGUUUUGCAUGGACACAGAGCCAGAUCAGUCAAAGGAUGAUUCAAAAUCAGUUGCUGUUGACAUUUUUAGUUCCUUGACCUCUGACUCAACAGGAAUUCUUCCUUGUAUGGAUGAAAGCCCAAAUGCGCAUACAGAACAACCGGAUUCAGGAGCUCUAUUUUAUGAGCCUCCUCGUUUUCCAAGUUUUGAGAUUCCUUUCGUCAGCUGUGAUCUCAUUCCAUCUGGUGGUGAUUGGCAUCAAGCAUAUAGUCCCCUUGGGAUACGCCAACUUAUGAUGUCUUCUAUGAACUGCUCUUCCCCAUACAGCUUAUGGGAUUCACCAGCUCGUGAUGAUAGUCCUGAUUUUGUCCUAAAAAGUGCUGCCAAAAGCUUUAUAGGUACACCAUCGAUUUUGAAAAAACGGAACCGUGAGCUUUUAUCUCCUUUGCAAGAAAGAAAAAGUGACAAAAAGCUUGAGAGGGACACAAAUCACGGAAUGCUUUGUACGUCUGCACUGGCCAGAGAUUUUUCGUGUCUGGAUGUUGUUCUUGAUGAAAAAGGGGGUCACAGGGCUUCUUUAUCUUCAAUUGAGGAUGUUCUUUUCUCUCCUUCGGGUAACCAGAAAACGAAUGCGGGAGACUCUAUUCAGGAUAAGGAAAAUUUGGACCAUGCUUUUGAAGCAAGAAAAGAUGGUUCUGCAUUUCCAGAAGGAAGGGUUUCAGAGAAAAGUUUUGAUGGUAGCACUCUUCAGGAGAAGGCAAGACAGGGAUGCUGUGACAUGAGUAAGGUGCAACAACCUUCUGGAGUUCUUGUUGAACAGAAUGUGAAUAAUAUGAUGUUAUUUUCUCCUGAUCAAGAUAGAUAUCCAUCAAACAAAGCAUCGAGUGCAUGUACCAGAACUCCAAGAAAUCAAAAUUCCAGAAGUGUGGACACUACAUCAAUCCAAGGUGGCCAUUUGGAAUCUUCGUCAGGAGAUCAUUGUCUUCCUAUAUUUGUCUCUCCUACUGUUCGAGAAAAGAGGCAUGAAAAGAAUUUAACGCCACUUACAUCUGCACAAUAUGCUCCAUCAUCAGGUCCACUUGAAGUUGCAUCUGAAAAUGAUGUGAAUGGUGUUGAUAUUGAAAGCUUUAGCAUAUUUGGCAACACCCCUUCUAUCAAAAGAAGUAUUGAGUCUCCCUCUGCAUGGAAAUCUCCUUGGUUCAUGAACGCUUUUCUACCUGGAUCAAGAGUUGAUACAGACAUAACAAUUGAGGACAUUGGAUAUUUCAUGAGCCCUGGAGAGAGAAGUUAUGAUGCAAUUGGGUUGAUGAAACAGUUGAGUGAGCAUACUGCAGCUGCAGUGGCUGAAGCACAGGAGAUUCUGGCAUCUGAAAACCCUAAAAUAUCUUCAAAAGAAAAAUGCUCCACUGAUCAGAAUUCCGUCCAAGAGUAUAAUCACUUCCCAGAUAAUGAGCAGCAGGAGAACCAAAUUCCUCUGCCUUCUGGUGUUUUGAAUGAGCGGCGGGUUCUUGAUUUCAGUGGAUGUGGGACACCUGUGAAGCAAACAGAGAACAGGAAGUCUGGGGGAAAUGUGAAUGGAGUAAACUUUUCAAGCCCCUCCUCCUACCUGAUGAAGGGCUGCAGGUAGGGCAGUUCCUAUCGCUAAUGCUUGGAGCUUCAUUGUUUUGGAAUAUAUAUGUAUCAUAGUAUUGCCUUUUUCUUUUCCUUUCUCAUUGUUACAAAUUUCUGUUUCUGAUUUAAUUUAUUGGUAGAAAUUGGUGUAGAGGGCAGCUUAUAUUUUGUAGUUUAUAAAUGCAUUAUUAUCCAAUGUUUGCCUUA